AUGGCCUCGCCGCAGAAGGAGAACGCGCAUUGGCUCGACCGCUACGCAACAGGAUUCCAUGCCUGGCGUUCAACGACAAACGAGCACGGCCAGACGAGCUUCACGCGCCCUCUGGGACUGGUCGAGACCUCAUUCGACUCGGAUGGCGCAUACUACGGCGGCCGGGCAGAUAUGACCGGCACGCUGACCUUGGAACUUCACCACUCGCUCUGCAAAGAGGACCUCCGUCGCAGAAUCGCACUGGCCUGGACAGCACUCCGCCUGCGUCACGUUCUGCUCAUGAGUCGACACUUGGACGACCCGUCCUCUGGCCUGCGGUGCUUCGCCAUCGACGUCCCCCGAGAUGUGCAGACAGCCGUGCGAGACGUCGAAGCAAGCACGGUCUGGAUAGAAGACAGCUACGCCUCCGUCGACGCGCACCAUCUCCACGACCACGCUCUGAACGUACGCCGCAUCGUGGAGCCCCGGAAAUGCAUGUCCAAGCUGCACGUCCUCCCGCUCGUCCAGCUCGCAACGGGGACGCACCAGCUCUCCUUCCUGAUCGUCAUGGCGCACCAGAUCUCCGACGGCCUGAGCGCAUACGGCUGGUUCAAGGACCUAAUCCGGCUGCUGAACCAGCCCGUGCUUGCCAUCGAGGCCGAAAUCAGCGCCUCCCUGGCGCGGGACGCGGUCGCGGCCAUCCUGCCGCCCGCGCAGGAAGACCUCUAUCCCCGCAUCGCAGGCAACAGGGCCCGCCAGCGCUGGGUGUGGGCCAUCAUCCGCGUCGUGCGGCAUGUCAAGCGCACGCUCCCGCCGACGCUCGCGAACCCUUUGUACCGCGCGCAGCGCCGCGCGUCGCCGCUCCCGCUUGAGCGCACGUACGACCGGGUCUUCGCGUACGACGGACCCAACGCGGCGCCGCUGUCCAGCGGACACGUCUCCGCGACGCUCUCGGCGGCAGCGUCAGCGCGGCUCAUCGCGCUGUGUCGAGACGCGCAGCUCAGCAUAGGAGCAGGCUGUUUCGCGCUCGCGGGGCUGGCCAUGAUGCAUGUGCACGCGCAGCGGUACCCGGGACUCGGCGCAGAGCAGGGCGCGGCCAUAAGCGCCUCGUUCCCGCUGAACCCGCGCGCCUUCUUCGCCAGCCCGCCGCCGGCUGAGAGCUGCAUGCUGUCCUUCAGCGACGGCAUCGUGAUGCCCUUCCUGCCGCUCUCCCUUGCCGUUGAGAAGCGGUUCCUGCUCACAGCGCGCAUCGCGAACCGCGGGCUGAGAGUGUACCAGAAGCGGCUCCGCACCUCGCGCCGGGGGGAGGUGAGCGCGGGGCUCGAUAGCCACAGUCCCGCGCGGCUGCUCGCGGCCGGCUACCUGGCGCAGAUGGAGCGCGUGGCGUCCAAACUGCCUGCGGAGCGGCCAUUCGGGUUCGGGGAUCCGCAGGGCGCGCUGACGGCCGCUGCCGGGGCGGACGCGACGUGUGGGGUCAGCAGUGUGGGGAGCCUGAAGGGGUAUUUCCGGGCUGGGGAGUAUGACUUGAACGCGGGAAAAGACUUUGCGGUGGAUUACAGAGGACUGAGAAUGGGCGUUAGGGCGCGCGAGCGCGAGUUUCUGGUGGGCAGCUCGACGGAUGCCGAGGGACGGGUUGGGUUUGGCGUCAGCUACGAUGCAAACGCCAUUGAGCCCGAGGCGGCGGAGACGUGGGCGCGGACGAUUGCGGGGCUGUUGGAGCCAAAGGCGAAGCUGUAG